AUGAGUUCCUCACAAAGAGUCAUCACAGACAGCAACAAGUCGCCCCUCAUUCAAGUUUUAUCGUUAAUGUUUCUUGUCAUAUCAAUUCUUGCGUGUAUGGUUAGGACCGGCACCAAGCUGUACAUGAUCAAGACUGUGAGGACUGACGAUAUUCUUAUCAUUGUUGCAACUCUUCUUGCGGCUUGUCAAACAGCCACUGUUUUUAACGCGUGCGAGCACGGACUCGGCCAACAUUUCGAGACUUUGAGCUCUGACAACAGAGAUGUCUUCUUCAAGAGUCAAUAUGCGACAAAUAGCAUGUUCAUCGCUUCACUCCUCUUUUGCAAAUUGUCUGGUACAAUGAGUCUUCGAAUCAUGGCGCCCAAGAACCAAAAAUGGAUCAUCAUCGUCUGCGAAGCCAUCGUCGGUGUUUGGGGCGUCACAGCUCUUUUUGUCAACUUCUUUCAAUGCAAACCGCCAGCGCCAUGGAUGUAUGACGACAACGACAAAUGCAUCAAUUUCACCGCUUUUUGGACAUAUUAUUCGACCGCCAACAUCAUCACCGAUCUUAUUAUUGUUAUUAUUAUGGUUGAAAACGUGGUCAAGAUCCAGACAUCGUGGUCAAAAAAGAUCUUGGUCAUGAGUGUGUUCGGCAGCAGAAUCCUUGUGACGCCCGCCAUCGCAGCGCAGAUCCAUUACUCAAACAAGGCCUUCGCUUCCGACGAUCACUCCUUCGCCAUCUGGCCUGCCUCAAUUACGAUCCAAUUAGUCCAAUGCCUCGCGAUUCUCACCGUCUGCCUACCCAACUUCAAACCCUUCCUCGACAGCCUCGAAUCUGGUCAAAUCCGCGUCGACGACCUCAGGCGACAAGGCAAAUCGAGCAGCAACGGCUACCCGACCAACAAGCCAGACUACGCAGGGGGAUACAAGAGCAAUAACAAGACGGGGCACAGCAAUCGGUCUCGCGCGCUUACAGGCGGUGGUGGAUCGCGAGCGCAAAGAAGCGAGAUACACGAGAUGGAGGACUUUGCGACACGAUCGAAGCCAAGACAUGAACACGACAAGAGCUGGGAUGGGCAAAGUCGAUCGAGCCAUUCAAGUCAAAAGAUUCUGAUCCAGCAAACGUGGCAGGUAGAUGUAGAGAGCACGCAUGAAGCGAGCCUGGCAAACCCCAGACAAACAUGA